AUGUCCAAAGUGAAGGUGCGUGAUUCUGCAUUAAACGCAAUCAAACGAUAUGUUGUAAUCAGCAAAAAUGAUGCGUUGGCAUUAAACAAAGAAGCAGUAGAAACGUAUCUUCAGCUUCUCGAGGAGCAGUGGGUCAGAUUCGCUGACGCUCAACAAGAAGUAGAGUUGUUGUGCGGCGAAGAAAGUGCGCCGGUUGAAGAGCAAUCACGCACGCAGGCAGAAGAGUGGUACAUCACAGCAAAGGCGAAUUUUAAACGCCUCAUCGGAAGCCCUGAGCAACCGCGCCCUUCCACAUCAACAAGUUUCACGUCCUCGCCAAUUCAACUGCCCAAGUUACAGCUGCCGACUUUCAGUGGAGACCCUACAAAUUGGUUAGCCUUUUUCGACGCGUUCCAGUCGCUCGUACACACGAACGCGAGUUUGUCUGCUAGUCAAAAAUUGCAUUAUUUGCGCAAUUGUCUUCAAGGUGAGGCGCUCCAACUUGUAAGCAGUCUACAGAUUUGUGAUGCCAACUACAAUGCUGCGUGGGAUCUACUCACCACGCGUUACAAGGUUUUGCGUGUCAUGGUUGAUGGUCACUUCAAAGCAAUUUUUGCAAUUGAAAAGGCAUCUCGAGAUACUGGUAAGGCCAUUAAGCAAGUUUUAAACGCUACCACGCAACACGUUGGCUCGCUACGUGCUUUAGGUCGGCCUGUGGAGUUUUGGGACGAUUGGCUUGUCCACCUUACCGUUUCGAAGUUGGCUUACGAAACCCGGAAACAAUGGGAGCUGUCAUUGGUGAGGGAUGUUUUACCUACUUUUGAAGAGUUGAUCGAGUUUUUGGAAACACGUGCGCGUUCGCUAGAGAUGGUACCGACGAGUGGUGCUGUCAACCUCAGCGCAAGGAGCGCGCCAGCUCAGCAAAACUGCGGCGAAGACUACAACAAACGUGCUCCAUGCGAUUGCAAAGGCCACUUUCAAGCAAAAUGUCGCAGUUUAUCAACUUGUAACAUAUGCCGUCGUCGUCAUCAUACAUUACUACACGGCUGCCGCGAAGAUGACACGACCAGCGAUGAGCUGAAUGUACACGCUUCUCCGUUUGUAAAGCAGGAAGGCAAUCUACUUGUGCAACAAUCGACUACGUCAUCUACAAUCGAUGACUCUACUACGGCGCGUAUACAUAAUGCUAGCUCGGAUGUACCGCACUCUGGUUGCGUAGCAUCUCACGUCGCUGAAGCUGACAAGGCCAUUUUAUUGGCAACCGCAGAGAUAUAUUUGCAAGAUCAUGCAGGGCGAUGGCAACCUGCUCGGGUGUUGUUUGACAACGGCUCACAUGCAUCCUUCGUGACAGAGGCCUGUAUUCAACGCCUCCGUCUACAAAGGAAACCUUCGGCAGCUCAUGUCACAGGUAUUGGUUCAACAGAUGGCGGUAAAGUUGGUGAGACUAUUCUUUCACUUGCGCCCCGAUCUCUUGACCAGCAUUUCACAAUCAACUCGCUUAUUUUAUCGAAGAUUACAAACGAUCUUCCCAGCGUUUGUGUACAGAUGUCGUCUUGGCCGCACUUACGAAAUCUCGCUCUUGCUGAUCAGCAUUACGCCAAACCUGGUCCUAUUGAUGUGUUAAUAGGGAUGGAUGAGAUGGAUAAAUUCUUGUUAACCGGUCUCUGCAAAGGGCCACCUGACACACCCAUGGCGCAAAACACAGUUUUCGGUUGGGUACUUUUCGGAAAGGCCAUGCGUUCAUCCAGCCCAAGUGCGGGAGUUUUAUCCCUGCACUGUGAUGUGCAAUUCAUCCGAAUGGUGAGUAAGUUUUGGGAGCUCGAAGAGUUUCCCCCCAAGCGAUACUUAACUGUCGAAGAGGAGGCUUGUGAAGGGCAUUUUCGCAAGCAUUGUCGCCGCGCUGAAGACGGGCGUUACAUCGUACGCCUACCGUUAAAGGAAUCCGUGCCUUUAGGUGAGUCGAGAAACAUAUCCGUAAGAAGUCUGCUAAGAAUGGAAAAACGUUUCGCUGCUGAUGAGGAGCUACGCCGUCAAUACGCAGAAUUUAUGCAGGAGCUUUUAAAUAUGGGCCACAUGGAGCUCGUAGGCAACGCCCAACCGCAUAAAAGUUACUACAUGCCACACCACGCUGUAGUAAAGAACACCAGCUCCACCACUAAACUGAGAGUGGUGUUCAACGCCUCAUGUAAAACCACAUCCGGUUUCUCGCUCAACGAUGCACUAAUGAUAGGCCUGCAAUUACAAGAGGAUCUGUUUUCUAUAAUGGUGCGGUUCCGGACUCAUCGUUACGCAAUAAUGGCCGAUGUCGAAAAAAUGUAUCGACAGGUAUACGUGGCAGAACAAGAUGUGGACUACCAACGCAUAGUUUGGCGUGACGACCCAACCCAACCUAUUCGGGACUAUCGCAUGCUUCGUGUAACCUACGGCGUCGCCGCAGCUUCCCACUUGGCCGUACGAUCUCUGCACCAAUUCGCUUUGGAUGCCAUCGAAACGCACAAAGAAGCAACUGUUGUCAUCAUGCGCGACUUCUACAUGGAUGAUCUUCUCACAGGCUCAUUUUCUGUCGACAACCUUAUGAAGCUACGAAAUGACGUUACCAUAGUUCUGUCUAACGCUGGCUUCGAAUUACGGAAGUGGGCUACAAAUUGCGACGAGCUUAGGGAGAAAAUACCGCAUGCGUCAAAGCAAAUUUCACAUCUGUUAGCUGACGGCGAUGAAGUGGAAGCUUGUGUUAACUCGCGACCGCUCUAUUGGCACUCUGCUAGUGCUGAUGAUUUGGAAAUCCUCACUCCUGGUCAUUUCUUGAUUGGUGAGCCAAUCAAGGCGCUGCCUGAACCUGACACCGAAAAUUUCUCAGGGACGUUACAUCAACGUUGGCAAGCCAUUAGUGCAAUGCGGCAACAUUUUUGGUCACGUUGGCGAAACGAAUAUGUCGUCAACCUACAACAACGAGUUAAAUGGUUUCGCCCCUCCUCGAACCUGAAAGAAGAUGACGUUGUUAUCAUUCACGAUUCGAAUAGCCCACCCACUAAAUGGCGACUUGGGCGUGUAACUCAGUGUCAUCCGGGUGCGGAUGGACUGGUACGCGUAGUAAAGCUGAAGACGGCGGACGGAGAAUUGGUGCGGCCUAUUGCGAAACUGACGCUUUUGCCAACGCAAAAUGAUAUAUUUACUUUGUAA